AUGGAAGGAGACCACACAGGAUACGAGUCGGAACGCCGAAACCUGGAGCGCAACUUUAAAGGGAAGACGGACAAGAUCAAGAGACAGUACGAGCUAUUCUGGCAGCAGGCGACGGCCAAGGCGGACGUCGACGCAUACCUGAACGCCGUCGCGGACCAUGACUACCCGAAGCUUCCCAAAUGGAUCUCCAAGGUGACUCCGUUCACACACUGGAAGGGCCCCUGCUUCGCCGAGAGCGAUCGAGCACUACUGAUCGGGAACCGGGCCUCUUUCGACACGGUCCAGUACGACAAGCCGGAGCAAGCCGGCAUGUCCAUGAUCCACCUCCUGUGCAUACCCAAGACCGGCAUCUUCAACGGCGUGGGCCUGGACAGCGGCAGUGUCUCCAUCAUCGACCACAUGGUGCAGCUCUUCAAGAGUGCCUGGACGGACGCCGAGACGCGGCGGGGCGUGCUCUGCCACCAGCGAGAGGCCAUCGAGCGCCGCAACCAGGAGAAUCCGGACGAGGAGGCCCAUGCUACGGCCAUGGAGCACUACGGCGAGCUGGAAGACAUGAUCGACGAUCUCGGCCCUGACGACUUCCACUUCGGACUGCACCUCUGGCCGGACCACAGCGUUGGCCACCUGCAUCUCCACGUCAUUGCGGCUCCGUGGGCCUGUCGCCAGUACAGCACGUCGCACCAUGACAAGAAGACCAAGGACGCAUUCGAAGUGCGUGACUACAUCAAGAGCGUCGCCAAUGCCUAG